AUGGAAGCCAAGUAUGGUGUGAGGAAAUACUUGCAAGAAAUGAAAACAAAUCAUUUCUUUGUUACAUUUAUUGUAGUUUUAGUAACAUGUUUAUCAUCAUUGAUUGAUAUUGGUGUAGUGGUUGAAGGUCAUCGUAUUCAACAAGUAUCAAAUCAUUAUCGUGCUACUCCAAAUCUUUAUCACAUUAAUCAAUUACUUGAUUAUCAAUCAUCGUCUUCGUCGCCAUCAUCAUCAUUGACAUCAUUAUCAUCACCAUCGUUUGGUAUAUUUGCACUAUUAAAUAAGAAUAGUAGUAGUAGUAGUAGUAGUAGUCAUACUUCACCACCUGCUCAAUAUGUUAAUAUCAAACCAUUAUUAGAACAACAAUUAGAAUCGUCAUCAUCAGAUGUAAUCUCUGGUCAAUGUCAAAGUGACCUAUAUGAUUUAUCAAAAUUAAAGUAUCCAGAUUCAUUUCAAAUUAUUGAAGCAAGUGGUAAAUCAUUCUUUGAUCUUGGUAAUUAUGAUAAUUGUUUGAGUUUACCAAGCAAUGUAUCACAAUAUUGUUCAGUGUCGGUUGGGAUGGUGACUGGUAUGGGUGGUUUGUGUGUACCAGUAAGUUGUUCUGAACAAGAUAUCAACUUGGCAUUACAGACAGCUGUCAAUCUGACUGGUAUGGCUAGUAAACUAGGCCCGAUGGGUUAUCAAGGUCAAUUUACUAUCCACUGUUAUUCAGGUGACCACACAACCAUCAGACCACCCUUGACAACCGGCCCCAUCAUUAUGAUCAUUGUAUGUUCAAUCAUCAUUGCAUUGGUCAUCGCUGGUACAUUGAUUGAAUACAUUGUAUUUAAAAUCAAAGAUGAAAAGAAAGAUAAUAAUAAUAAUGUAUUUACAUCACCAAAUGGAGCAAUUGAUGGAAUAUUCCAAUUUGAUGAAAAGAAACAAAUUCAAGAUUCAUCAAAUGAAUGGAUAAAAGAAUCAAGUUUGGGAUUACAAAUAUUGAUGUCAUUUUCAUUGAUACAAAACUACCACAACUUUACAACAUCGUCAUCUGAAAAGAAACAUUUCAAUGUAUUGGAUGGUGUAAGGUUUAUGAGUACAUGUUGGGUUGUCAUGGGACACACUAUUGCAUUCAACAGUCAACUAGGAUAUGAUAACUUUGCCUAUGUUAUGAAUAGCGUACUACCAACUGCUGCAUUCCAAAUUAUAACGGCUGGAGAGUUUAGUGUCGAUGUAUUCUUUAUGUUGUCUGGUUUCUUGGUUGGACACGCACUUUUACAACAACUAGAUAAACCAGAGUACGCAGAGGAGGAGAGUUGUUGUGGAAAACUCUUAUUUUGGAUGAAAUACCUGUUACAUCGAUUCAUCCGAUUGUCACCACUCUACUACUUUGUAUUGUUUGUGUUUUGGCAACUGUCUCCACAGUUUGGAAGCGGACCGUUUUUCUUUGGCUACGAUGCUAUCACCAAAUCAUGUGAUGCUAAUUGGUGGACAAACCUUUUGUAUAUCAACACGUUGUAUCCUCCUACUAUGCUAACUGAGUGUUUCGGUUGGAGCUGGUAUUUAGGUGACGAUAUGUUAUACUAUAUAUUUGUCGCACCUGUCGCCAUAAUAUUAUACAAACGAUCCCAAAAACUUGGUAUAUUAUAUAUCAUCUUUUUACUCGCACUCAACUUUAUAACCAAUUUCUGGAUCACUCUAAAAUAUGAUCUUGGUACAUUUUUCGAGUUUGGUAUACAGUCUAUUAUAGACGCUACAUUUAUCACUGACAUUUACCAAAAACCUUGGACUCGUGUCGGAGCAUAUGCGGUCGGUCUUGUGAUGGCCAUGAUUGUCGAGCACCAGGGUAUGCUACGUGUCAUCAAGACACAUCUGUCAGUUCGACUCGUCUAUUAUACCAUUGCAGCUGCUUUGACCUCUUUCUUUACAUUCAUCUCUUACAAUUCCUAUACUCAUCCAGGUGGAUGGAGUACAAUGUCCAAUGCAUUCUUCAAUGCAUGUGGUCAUACUGGGUUUGUGAUUGGAGCAGCUCUAUUCCUACUCACUGCAUUUGCCGGUCAUGGUGGUCUGGUCGCAUGGAUAUUUGAACGUCCCAUAUUCAAGAAUCUGUCCAAACUCACCUACUCAACCUACCUCAUCCACCCCAUAGUCAUUUGGUGUAUGGCGUAUAGUCGUGUCACCCCAUUCCACUACUCCAACUCAAAUGUUGCCGCCUAUAUCAUCUCAUCACUCGUAUUCUCCUUUUUCUGUGCAUUCAUCGUUCAUCUCUUUGUAGAGAAACCAUGUGUCAAUUUAGAGAAAUUAUUCUUCUUGCACCGUCGUCCCCAACAACAACAACAAAAAUAUACAUUAUUAAAUUAA